UGACAUUGGUGAUGUUGGGCUAGAAUAGUGUUUUCCAAGGCUCGGUAAGCUUCAACGGUUCCCCUUCUGCAAGCGGAGGGCUCGCCUCCGUCUUCAUCUGCCCAAAUUGAUCACUCCGGGGUCAACACGCGGGGUGCAUGCAGAUCUAUAACUAUAGACCACAUCCCCACAGUCAACUCGACACAUCUUCACUCCAGAUCUCCGAUCAUUUAUCACUACCAUAUUCAUAUUCUCGUGCUUCACAGAGACUCACCUUCAUCAUGACGAUGGACGAGAAGAAUGUUGUCCAAGACCUUGCACAGGUCGAUACUCGCGAUGAUGAACACAUCGAAACCAUUGCUGGCAGUACCGCCUUCAACGAUGCCUUGAUGAGAGAACAUCCCAAAUUGAUGAACCCAACGACCCUUUUGCUCUUUGCAUGCACCCUCCUUGGUUGUCUGUGCCAGACCAUGAACGGUUACGACGGAAGUCUUCUCAAUGGUCUGCUUGCCAACCCACAAUUCAGAACUUUCUUCCACGGAAGUAAUGCCGGCAUCUGGGCUGGUAUCGUUUCAUCCAUGUACCAAAUCGGUGGUGUUGUCGCACUUCCAUUUGUUGGUCCUGCUAUCGACACAUGGGGCAGACGCUGGGGAAUGUUUAUUGGUGCCUUCAUCAUCGCUGUUGGUACCAUCAUCUCUGGCACAACUUUCAACGAUGCGAAUGUCAAGCAAUUCAUGGGAGGAAGAUUUGUGCUCGGUUUCGGUGUCUCUAUCGCUUCCUCUGCUGGCCCCAUCUACGUCGUUGAGAUGUCCCACCCUGCGUACCGUGGCAAGGUCACAGCGUACUGUAACACCUUCUGGUUUACUGGCAACAUUGUCGCAGCUGGUGCCGUCAGAGGUGCUCUCAAUCUUUCCGGUAACUCGUCUUGGCUCGUGCCUGUCUGGCUCCAGAUGGCCUGCCCUUUGAUCAUCUGCCUCUUCGUCUGGCUCAUCCCUGAAUCGCCACGUUGGCUCUACGUGAACAACAAGCAAGACUCUGCCAUCUCGACUCUUGCAAAAUGGCAUGGACAAGGCAACACUGAGAGCGCGUGGGUCAAGCUCCAGCUCUCCGAGUACGAAGACUUCUUGAACCUGGAUGGUGCCGACAAGAGAUGGUGGGACUACAGUGCUUUGUUCAAGAAGCGCAGCUCUCGCUACAGACUUGCAUGUAAUUGCGCGUUCAGUAUCUUCGCUCAGUGGGCUGGAAAUGCUGUCUUGAGUUACUUCAUCUCCGCCGUCCUUGACACUGCUGGCUACCACAAGGCAAUUGAACAGACCAACAUCAAUUUGGGCUAUGGAUGUUUCCAAUUCCUGUUCGCACUCAUGGGAUCCGCAUUUGUCGACAAGUUCGGAAGACGACCUCUGAUGAUCGGUGCCAUGGCUGGUUGUGCUGUCGUCUGGAUCGGCAUGACCACUGCCAGUGGCAUGUUCAACGAGACUGGUGACCCGAGUGCCGCCAAGGCUACCGUCGCCAUGAUCUUCAUGUUCGGUGCGAUCUUCUCCUUCGGUCUCACUCCACUCCAAGCUCUAUACCCUGUCGAGGUCCUGUCCUUUGAGAUGCGUGCCAAGGGUAUGGCUUUCUCCAGUCUGGCUGUCAAUGCCGGUGGUCUGCUCAACCAGUUCGCUUGGCCUGUGUCGCUUAAGAACAUUGGUUGGAAGACGUACAUCAUCUUCAUCAUCUGGUGCACAGUCCAGGCUGUCAUCAUUUACUUCUUCUUCCCAGAGACCAGAAACCGCACUCUCGAGGAACUUGAUGACAUCUUUGAGGCUCCCAACCCAGUUAAGAAGUCUCUUGAGAAGAAGCAAGUUAUUGUUAGCGAGCAACAUGGUGUCGCCGUGAUUGAAAAGGUUCUGGCUUAGUCGCACAAGCUCAGUAUGACUUGAGAUGUUUGAUGAAGGAUGUUCGGUAUCGAGUAGCUGUUCCAGGAUACGGACGUAUAUAUGCAAUUUAGCAAACACUGACUUGUGUUCUUUUCAC